AUGAUUAAUUUCUACAUUUGGACAGCCAACAUCAUCUUGAUAGGAUUAAUUAGACCUACUACCCAGUGUGAUUCAAAUACAUUGGAAGGAUGCCUUCUAGAUAACACUACCGAGGCAACCAAGAUAUCACUCUUAGAUUAUUCAGCCUAUGGAUAUGGCUUCUGGUUCUAAUAUUUACCCAUGCUGCCUACACUUUAUGAUAACUUAUAAAGAUUUCCUAAAAUAGAAGGGUUUCUUUUAUUAAGGGAGAUAAAUCCUGAUACUUCUUAGUAUAGGGUAUUUUUGUAUUAAGAUUGGACAAACAACAAUGCUAAUUAAGAAAAAUACUUAUAUUUAUAAUAUGAAUCAAACGGCUAAAUGAUCUAAUUAGCAAAAUUCAUAUUUGACUCAUUCGACUUUUAAGGCAAAUGGAUUCAUAUAUAUGUUUCAUAUUAAUUUCCUGAUUAAAGAUAAAUAAUUAUGUAUGAAAUUCUGAAUGAUAAUUGUUAAAUCAUAAACUAUUAAUCUAGCACUAAUUUAGAAUUGAAGGAGAUCUUAAUUACUCAAGGAGGAGAAUUAAACUUAUAAUUAAAUUAAAAUGAUGAAUCAAAACAAUUUGUUUAAUAUCCUGGUAGAAUUUCGAAAGUAGAGUAUAAUUUCAAUAAAAAUAAUGUAGUUUUUAACGCAGUUUAAGAAUUUAAACAAUUUAUUGAAUAAUAAUUUAUACCUUAGCCAUUUUGUUAGACUUCAACUUAUGAUAAAUAAUUAAUAUCAAGUUAUAUAUACCAGUUUGGAUUGAUUUAACUUGAAUCUUGGGUUAAGAUUGAUUAUAUUUUAGUACUAUUAUUUUUUAUCAUAGAAUGUGAAUUUUUCAACCAGCGUUUUUGGAGUUGAGAUACUCUCAGAAUUUUCUGCUAAUACCUAUUAAAAAUUAGUUGAUUUAUAGUAUUGCCUUAUUUAAGCAUGGAAAUCUGAUUUAACAAAUGGAGUGCUCUUCUAAACUCUCAAUUAGAUCGAUCCAGACUAAUUCUUAAAUUAGGCACAAUUUCUAAAUGAUGCCAAAGUUGUUUUCCAUACCUUAAAAUAAGACUUAAGAUAAUGGCAUUAUGUUUCUAUUCUUUAUGGUUUUGAUUAUGCAUAAGUGCCAGUUUCAAAUUUGAAAAUGUGGUUCCUUGAUGGGGAGGUCUAUGAUGUUCAAUAUCAUAAUAAAACUUUUCUUUUCUAAAAAAGUCCCAUAAGAAUUAGAAGCGCAUUCCUUCUCAAUACAGCAGUUAAUGGGAUUUAGAUAGUAGCAGAGAGUAGUAAGAUAACUAUUUGCCUAACGGAGUCACUUGCUCUCAUGAAAAGUAAGCCUAUUUUUGAUUGAAUAGAGUGUCAUUUCAGUUGUUUCGAUUGCAAUGGUCCAUAUCUUAAUUAAUGCAUAAGUUGCGAUUAGAACUCUAAUAGAUAUCUAGAAAAUAGUUAGUGUAAAUGUACUCUUGGAUAUAUUGAAAAUAAUCUUGGAAAUUGUAUAUGUAAUAUCAUUAUCUGAAAUUAGAAUUCUUGGAUUUCUAUCCCACAUCUAUUGAAGAUUACAAUGCAAAGAAUUAAUCUUUAUCUUAAUUUGGUUAUUUUCCAAUUAAAGAAUUUAAUAAUGAAAUUAUUUAUAUACGUUGUCCUUAAUUUAACGAAAUUUAAUUGGAAAAGAUAAGUUGCAUAGAAUGCUUGACUUAACCGGAAACAUUUGCUAAACUAUUGAAGUGUGAAUCAGAUUAUGUAGUUAAUAGUUAUGGUCAAUAUGAAUUAAUAUAGAGAGAAGAUAAAGAUGUUGAAUUAUAUGUUCUUGCAACAUCAACAUCCUCCCUUACUUUGUGUGUUGGGUGUAAGUCUAUUUGUAACUAAAAUAUUGAUUCAAAUUGUCAUUUUCAUACUUUAUUACAAGUAUAUAUUUAAUGUCAAUCGCAAUUCUAUUAUAAAAAUGGAGAAUGUUAUGUGUGUAAUUCAAAUUGUAAGACAUGUGAAGAUUUUUCAAUUUGCACAUCUUGUUAUGAUUAAAUGACAUUAAAUCCUGUGAAUAAUGAGUGUCUUGAAUGUCCAAAGGAAUGUUAAGAAUGUGAAUAUAAUUCUGGUGUUCAAUGCAAAUAAUGCAUAGGAUAAUACUCAGUGUUUUAAGGAUAAUGUUACUCUUGUAGUAAAUAUUGCUUAGAAUGCGUACAUGUUUAAAAUCCCAAAGACGGAUCUUAUUAUAAUAGAUGUAUUAAUUGCAUUGAUAAUUAAAAAUAUUAUUUAUCAAUUAAUGCAGUUGAUUGUAUUGAAAAUCUAGAUAUUCAUUGCAUAUAUGCAAUCUAAUUUCAUAAAUCAUGGUUUAUGAGAAACAGAGUAAAUACUAUAUAUCAUUUGUAUGAAAAAGGAGAUUUUAAUUCUGAUUAACUUAUUAAUUACUGUGCUUUGUGUGAGGAUGGAUAUGCUUCAUUACUUUCAGGAUAAUGUAUUAGAAUAGAUUCAAUUCCUGAUAAUAUUGAAAAUAAAGAAUAUUGUACACAAAUGUACUAAAUGGAGGUGUAUCAAUCAUUGUAAUUAAAUCAAUUAUAGUACUAAUGUAUGGUUUACACAAAAGAGUUGAAAUAAAUUGUUUCAAUUUCAAACGGUUGUGAAAAUAUCUUUUUUAAUUGUGAUUACUGUUUCAAAACUAUAUGUUUGCUUUGCUAUCCUGGAUAUUAUAGUGAAUUUGCUUCUGGAUAAUGCAUUCCAUGUCCAUCAGAAUUAAAUUGCUAUAGAUGUGAAUAGCGAUCAAAGUAAUGGAAGAAUGGCUGGAAAAUUUGGUAUGCCAUGGUUCAUUUUAAUAUGAAACGUAGAAACUUAUAAAGUGAUGUGUUCGGAAAUGAAGCAUAAAAUAAAUUAGAAGUGGUUUGUAAGACUUGUACAAUUGAUUUUGAGUUUUACUAAGAUAAAUGUAUCAAAAAAUGUGCAGAGAAUUGUGAGCUAUGUAUAAAAAGCAAUGGAUAAAAUAAAUGUGUGAAAUGUUAGAUAUAUGAAGGUCGACGUCUGUCCUUAUAUGAAGGGGAUUGCAUUGAUUGUCCAAGAUAUUGUCAGAUUUGUAAACCUAAAACUAAUUCUUAAUUAUUAAGUGCUAAUCCAUAUUUCUCAAAUUCUAAUGUCAAAUCUUCAACACAUACUUGUUUGUUGUUAUAAACCGGAUUAAGCUUUUAAGAUUAUUAUUAUGAUACUAAAUUUUAAUAAUUCUUUAAGUAAAGUUAAACCGGAACAGAUCCGAAUUCGAUUACAUUGAAAUUCAACCUUUAUUGUAAUUUAGAGCUCUUUAAUCAACAUCUAGAAUUAGCCUUAGAAAAAUAACAUUUUCUAUAGUAAAAUGUUAAAUUUGAGGAACUAGUAACAAAUAAUAAAUCUUCCAGCAAUUUUGGAAGAAUUGAAAANUUGAUUCAAAUUGUCAUUUUCAUACUUUAUUACAAGUAUAUAUUUAAUGUCAAUCGCAAUUCUAUUAUAAAAAUGGAGAAUGUUAUGUGUGUAAUUCAAAUUGUAAGACAUGUGAAGAUUUUUCAAUUUGCACAUCUUGUUAUGAUUAAAUGACAUUAAAUCCUGUGAAUAAUGAGUGUCUUGAAUGUCCAAAGGAAUGUUAAGAAUGUGAAUAUAAUUCUGGUGUUCAAUGCAAAUAAUGCAUAGGAUAAUACUCAGUGUUUUAAGGAUAAUGUUACUCUUGUAGUAAAUAUUGCUUAGAAUGCGUACAUGUUUAAAAUCCCAAAGACGGAUCUUAUUAUAAUAGAUGUAUUAAUUGCAUUGAUAAUUAAAAAUAUUAUUUAUCAAUUAAUGCAGUUGAUUGUAUUGAAAAUCUAGAUAUUCAUUGCAUAUAUGCAAUCUAAUUUCAUAAAUCAUGGUUUAUGAGAAACAGAGUAAAUACUAUAUAUCAUUUGUAUGAAAAAGGAGAUUUUAAUUCUGAUUAACUUAUUAAUUACUGUGCUUUGUGUGAGGAUGGAUAUGCUUCAUUACUUUCAGGAUAAUGUAUUAGAAUAGAUUCAAUUCCUGAUAAUAUUGAAAAUAAAGAAUAUUGUACACAAAUGUACUAAAUGGAGGUGUAUCAAUCAUUGUAAUUAAAUCAAUUAUAGUACUAAUGUAUGGUUUACACAAAAGAGUUGAAAUAAAUUGUUUCAAUUUCAAACGGUUGUGAAAAUAUCUUUUUUAAUUGUGAUUACUGUUUCAAAACUAUAUGUUUGCUUUGCUAUCCUGGAUAUUAUAGUGAAUUUGCUUCUGGAUAAUGCAUUCCAUGUCCAUCAGAAUUAAAUUGCUAUAGAUGUGAAUAGCGAUCAAAGUAAUGGAAGAAUGGCUGGAAAAUUUGGUAUGCCAUGGUUCAUUUUAAUAUGAAACGUAGAAACUUAUAAAGUGAUGUGUUCGGAAAUGAAGCAUAAAAUAAAUUAGAAGUGGUUUGUAAGACUUGUACAAUUGAUUUUGAGUUUUACUAAGAUAAAUGUAUCAAAAAAUGUGCAGAGAAUUGUGAGCUAUGUAUAAAAAGCAAUGGAUAAAAUAAAUGUGUGAAAUGUUAGAUAUAUGAAGGUCGACGUCUGUCCUUAUAUGAAGGGGAUUGCAUUGAUUGUCCAAGAUAUUGUCAGAUUUGUAAACCUAAAACUAAUUCUUAAUUAUUAAGUGCUAAUCCAUAUUUCUCAAAUUCUAAUGUCAAAUCUUCAACACAUACUUGUUUGUUGUUAUAAACCGGAUUAAGCUUUUAAGAUUAUUAUUAUGAUACUAAAUUUUAAUAAUUCUUUAAGUAAAGUUAAACCGGAACAGAUCCGAAUUCGAUUACAUUGAAAUUCAACCUUUAUUGUAAUUUAGAGCUCUUUAAUCAACAUCUAGAAUUAGCCUUAGAAAAAUAACAUUUUCUAUAGUAAAAUGUUAAAUUUGAGGAACUAGUAACAAAUAAUAAAUCUUCCAGCAAUUUUGGAAGAAUUGAAAAUCUAAAUUUGUACACAUUUCUAAGUAUCUAACAGAUUUAAGAAGUUGAAUUACAAUUUAGCUUUAUUUAAGAUUGUUCUAUAGAAUUCCAUUCUUACAUAUUCACUACUUUAAUUUAGAACAUCUAUUUUGUCACUUCAGCUAAAAUUACUCUAGUUGGUAAUGGGUAUACAUUAUUCCUUAACUAAAAUUUAGAAAUACUGAAUUUUGAAUCUGUUUCAAUACAACAUUUAAUAAUUUAGCCGAAAUCAACUGUGAACAUUCAUUUAUAAUCUUUAAGUGCUUUGAAAGUACUAUUUAAAUCAAUAGUUAUAAAAUAAUAAUAAGAAGAUUAAAAUCCAAUAACAUUUAAUAUUGUAUCCACAAAUCUCUAGGAAUUAUAGAUUCAAAACUUAUCUUUACAAAAUCUAAAUCUACAAUCUGUAACUAGUUUGUUUUCUUUCGAAUAUACAGUUUACUAACAAUACAUUAACAUUAAUAUUGAUGAAUUUAAUAUUUAAAAUUCAAAGAUUCACAAUUCAAAUAUCAUUUUACUUGAUAAUUACUUUUAAAAAACAACAAAUUGUUAUUUGAAUAACAUUCUAAUCACAAAUUCCAAUCUUUAUGCUAGUAAAUUUUUGACAACUUUAAAUAACUAAUAUCUAGAAAUGUAUGGUUCAUUUUCCUAAAUAUCCAUGUAUCUCUCUUUGUUUUCAGAUAUUCAACCUUUAUUCUAGACCUUUUGUUUUAAAACUUUAAAUAUUAGCAGAAUAUCUUUAACAAAUUCAACAUUCUCAAAUUUUAUUCUAUUUUAAACAAAUAAUGAAUAAAUUAAUAAGGACUAUUAAAUUAAGUCAUGUAAUUUAAAGAAUAGCUCAAUUAUUAAUUUUUUUUAAGACUACUAGUUUCAAUCUAUUAUUUUACAGAAUAUCGAAAUUAAUUAAGUUUAUCAUGACGAUAAAACAAUUCUUAUAAAUUUAGUAUCAAAUGAUUUGACUAGUACAGUUAAGAUGUCUAAUAUUAUUUUAGAUACAAUUACUAUUUUUGAUAAUAUUGAAUUGGUUUAAAAUUUAUAGUCAAGUUAGUCGAUUAUUAUUAUCUAAUCCAACUUAAUUGAAAUAUCUGAUGUUAAAAUCAUCAGAUCGACUGGCAUUACAGAAUUUUUAUUAUCCUCAGCUAUUAACUUAGUACUUUCAAAUUUUACUAUUACUUUAAACUAAAAGUACAUCUUUAAAAGCAUUAUCACAGAUGAGUAAUGUUCAUAACUUGAUAUAUAUUCUAAAUAUGCACUCACUUUAAUUGUUUAGAUGGCAUAAAAUAUUAGAAUAUAGAACUUUUAUAUAUCUAAUCUUAUUAUUUAGGAUUUCCCUAUGAUUUACAUAAUCUCUGUAGCAACCUAAAUUAUUAGAAGAUCUGAAUCUAUUGUAAUUGAUUUAAUGAAUGUAGAUAAUUGCAUCAUAUAAAAGAGCUAGACUAUUAAUUAGAUAUCUGUAAUUCUUAUAUAAUCAGAAUAAUAAUAAGAUAUCCAAAUUCUAAAUUCCAGAUUUAAUAAUAAUAUUUACUAUUCAUACACCAAAGAAUCUGAGUCUGAAUCAGCAUUAAUCUUCUAUAUAAUUGCAUAAAACUCCAAAAUAUCACUGAUUAAAUGUUAAUUUACCCAAAAUUAUAUUUCUUAAAGCGAAAAUAGCUUGUUAAAUAUAAAUAGUGAAUAAAUUCAUAUAAUUGAUUCAUCUUUUAUUUCAAAUAAUUAGAUUGGUGAUAGCUUUUUGAAGCACAUAAAUUGGAAAUAUCUACCAUUUUAUUUAACAAUAGAAUAAAUCAAAAAUUAAUUUUAAGUACUAUCCACAAGUGGAAAUGGUUAAAUAACAUCCUCCUCAGUUACACUUAGAAACACAAAUAUUGAAGAUAGUUUUUCAACUUCUGCGGGAUGCUUUAAAAUUACAUUAGAAAAUGAAGGGCAGUUGCUUAUCAGAAAUUCUAUAUUUAAAAAUAUCUCCACUAAAAUAUCUGAAGAAUAAUCAUUGGGGGGUUGCCUGUAUGUUAUUGAUAGAAGCAUUAAUAUCUAAAUUGAUAUAUUAGAUUCUAUCUAUAANCACAUACUUGUUUGUUGUUAUAAACCGGAUUAAGCUUUUAAGAUUAUUAUUAUGAUACUAAAUUUUAAUAAUUCUUUAAGUAAAGUUAAACCGGAACAGAUCCGAAUUCGAUUACAUUGA